AUGAAGGACAGCCUUAUAAUGGACGAGAACAAUGAAGCGCGGAACUGUGAAAGUGUGUGCACGUCGGGGGCUCCCUCAGAAGUUUUGGCAAUCAAGGGGGCAGAGCCUUUUAAAAGAACCGGUAAUGGAAGCAGAAGUAGGAACAGCUGUGGAAGUAGUAGCCACAGUGGCAACCGAGACAGUAACUGGAGUCGCUCGAACAAACCCUUCGUGGAUGUACCCGACAAAAUGUAUGACAAGAGCGUAACGGUGGAAUACAACAGCGAUAAUGACCGCUCCUGCGAGAGAAAUAAAUAUAAGGAGUUCUCUAAGCAGAGCACUCUAAAUGUGGAUAAUAACGAUGAAGAAAACGCGACAGAUUGUUCCUUUGGGUCUAGCAAUUCCUGCGCCGAAAGGGAGAGGAAAGGCUACGUUAACUUGUGCAAAAGAGAAUGCAAAGGGAGUGGCAACCAAAGUGGAGAACGCAAAUCCAGCACAGAUGAUAUGAUUAGCCAUAAUUCAUUGGGAAAAAACGAAGUGAAUACGUGCAUAAUGAACGAGGUAGCCACAUGCCAAACGAACAGAAGUGAAAAUGACAAGAAGAAGGAACCGGAGGAAGGGAAUCUUCUCAAGUUUGAUCAAAACGACUCAGUUUUGCGAGAAGAAAAUGAUAAGAAUAUCCACAGCGUAUCAGAAAGGUAUGAGGAUAGCCCGGACAACAAUCUAGACAUGAAUUGGAACAAGUCGCAAAUAAAGACAUGCAUUAGAAUUAAGCCGCUGGAUUCUGUGGGGAACAAUCUGGAAAAUGUAAUCACGCAAAGAGGAUCAAACAAAAUAUUAAUUAAUUACGGAGUGCACAGUGAAAACAAGAAGUGUGAAUUUGUCGUGGAUAGAAUUUUCAAUGAAGGCAGCACACAAUCGGACAUAUGGAGGAGCAUUUGUUUUUGCAUAGACUCUGUUUUCCAUUUUAAGAAUGCAACUGUGUUUGCGCAUGGCCAUACGGGGACAGGGAAAACUUACACCAUGAUUGGUCCAGACGUCAUGGAGCUAAUUAAGAGGAAGAAGAGAAAAAUCCGCCACUCGCUAAGGCGCAUGCAGCCGAUUGAGUUGUUACUCAAUACGAACAGUUUGAGACCUCCAAAUGGUGGUGGCGGUAGUGCUAGUGGAAACGGAAACAGCAAUAGCAACAGCAGCAGUAACAACUUUUUGUACGAGAGAAAGAGGUCUUGCUCCCAGCCGAUCUUUAACUUCCCUCCGAGAGUAAUCCCCCUGGUGAAUGGAAACUAUUGCAGUUAUAAGAAAAUGUACGACUCGUCGUGCAGUGCUCAUUGUAACGCGGCGCACACCUCUGCGAACAGCACCGGGAACAGUAUCGUGAACAGUAUAGUGAAUAAUAUCGUGAACAGCAGCCCGAACAGCACCAAGAACAGCUGCGCAAACAUUGCGCCAAACGGAGCACUCAAUGCUAGGUACUAUCACAAGUCAAAUGCGGAGUGCAUGAGUGAGAGCAGCUAUUAUGGGAAGUACGAAAACUGCAAAACGUUUGCCGAAUAUCGAAUGGAGUAUAAGCCUAAUGUGAAGCAUUUGCAGGACGAAAUUCGGCUGAUUUUGAAUUCAGACAGGAAGGGGAUGAUUCCCAGGGCGUGUGAGGAAAUAAUGAGCAGGUUGUCCCUGCAGAGGGGGGUUGGCGGCGAGGCGGAGGCGCACCGUCGAAGUGGUAACUUUAGCGGGGCCCGCGACACCUACGCGGAGAAAAGGAAGGAGGUAUUUAAAAACGUGAAGGUGUACGCUUCUUACAUGCAACUAUAUAACGAUAGAAUAUUUGACCUGCUAAAUCCGUGUACGGAACCACAGCCCUAUUUAAGCACUCAAAAGUCUAAGCUUUCCAACAAUGCCACGUUUGUCUCUGGUUUGCUAACUGUGGAGGUAGCCAGCUGCGAAGAGCUGAUAGAGCUUCUGAUAGAUGGCACAAGUAACAGAGCAUGUAGAAUCACAAAAACUAAUGAAAUGUCAACAAGAUCACAUUCGAUAUUUAAAAUAGAGUUACGUUAUGUCAAUCAUUCGAAGCCUGAGUGCUUUAAGUCAGGAAAUUUGUUGCUAAUUGACUUGGCUGGAAAUGAAAAGUAUGCAGCAUCUAAUGAAAAACUAUACACCACAGAAGUUUGUUCUAUCAAUAGGAGUUUAUCUGCUCUGUCCCUAUGUAUUAACGAAUUAUCAAAGGGGAAUAAAAACAUUAGUUAUAGAAACUCCAUUUUGACGAGACUGCUACAGGAUUCUUUGGGAGGGUCCAGCAAAACUGUUUUUAUAUGUACCAUAUCUUCAUGCAUGAAAAAUGUCCGUGACACGCUGUCGUCGUUGAAGCUAGUUUCUAGGGCAAAGAAGAUACAGGUCGAGAGCAGGGGGAACAACGCCUAUGUGUAUGAGGAGGACAUACGAAGAUUGCAAAAGGAGUUGUAUUUUUUGAGGAAGUUUGUCUUUUUUCAGUACAUUACGAAUAAGUAUGAAAGUAGGAAGAGGCUACGGAAGAUGAAGGAAUUCUAUUUUGGCAAUUUGUUGAGUCGAGGCGAGUCCGACUUUGAGAGGGUUAGCGGUGGUAGUGGAGAAGUCGUCCCCGGGAAUAAUCUGUGUGUCGAUUGGGGAGGUAGGAGCAUUCCAGAUGACACCAUGCAGAAGGGAAACACCGGCGAAGAGGAAUCCAACCAAGAUGAUGCUAGUAAUGAGGAGCCGAAUGAGCAUGCAAGUACCUACGCCGGAAUAGAAAGCAUCUACAACGAGUACGAACGAAAAUCCUUUAACUCAUUGCUGUACCAGUGGAACUUGAACAAGGCUAGCAUUAGGAAGGUAAGGGAGCCGGCGCUAACGGCACUAACGCCGCUAACUCCUCUAACGGCGCUAAACGGAGUGAGUAGCAAAAGGAACCCUUGGUUCCACGGCAAUGGGAAUGUGAACAAGAAGAACGUAAUGAACUUCAUCGAAACGCACACCAUAGAGUAUGAGGUCGACAGUGAUGAGGACCUGUUCGGCGGGGGCAGCGAUUCAGGGGAGGAAGCAGCAGCAGCGGAAGAAGAAGAAGAAGAGGACGCAGAAGAAGAUGCAGAAGAGGACGCAGAAGAGGACGCAGAAGAAGAUGCAGAAGGGGGAGAAUGCGCCGAAGAGGAUGGUGGCUGUAACGAAAAGGAUGACAAUAGAGGCGACAGUGACGGGAGAGAGGAUGUAGGUAGAUGUUGCAAAGUGGAUGGGGAUUAUGAAAACGAGGGCUCCGACGCUGAGGAGGCAGACAAACAGGGUGACCUCUGCCCUGAUGAGGCAUACCCUAACGGGGAAAUGAUGAGAGGGGGAAAAAAAAGUGUGGAAAUAUUCCCUCCUCGUGAAGAUAGUAAGAGAGCCACUUUGGAAGAAACAUGCAAGGGGAGAGCCAUGGAUGGGCAUGAAAGAGGGGGAGAUGUCAUGGCAAAGGAGGGGCCUGCCAAUUGGGUUCAUGCAAAAAAGGGGAAAAAAGAGGAUACAAAUGUUAGUGCUGCGAAAGGGGAAGAUGGAAAGGACGACACAACACAGACACGCUGUAGUGACAGGGAAUUAAACUGCGCAAGGGAGAAGGAGAGAGAAGCAACUGUGCUGAGGGCAAAUGGUAAGAAGUUAAAAAAAUCGAGGGCAGACAAAAAUGAUGGAGUUCUGGUCUCAGCGGAGGGAACAGUGUCUACAUGGAAUGCCCCAAACAGAGAGACAAUUCCGAAGAAGGCAAAGCUCGUGAGCGCGAGCAGGAAGGAGGGGAAACCCAACAGGAGCCAACGAAAGGCAGAAACGAAGUCAUUUUUCUUAAAUUUUGCAAUGCAUAUUAACAAGAGAAAGGGUAUUAGCGGUAUUUUCAAACAUAGAGCAGAGGAACAGAACACGCAGAAUGGGUCUGAACUAAAAGGGAGGAAGGAAAAGAUCGGUAAGUGUGCUAAAGUGCAGAAGAAGGGACGUCGCUGUAAUACUUGUAGCAAUGAUGGUGCUGCUUUGAACUCAAAUGGGAGGGGGGCUUACUGCCGAAGGAAAAGGUAUGCCGAGUUGGUAAAUUCUCGCAAAUUGGAUAACUCGCUGCAGGUGAGUAAUGUCUCUAAUUUGGCUCCAUCGGGUCGUAUCGUCGCGGUAUCCAUCUCGGAAAGAGGUGGAGGCAGUAGUAGUCAUAGUAGUAGUGCACACGGCGGAAAGAUUGGACAAGCUAGUGGCACAGCUGGUAGGGCUCCAAUGGAUGGAAGAAACUGCUCAAAAAAGAAGGGAGAUCACAAGAAGGGAGAAGAUGACAGGAAAGUAAAGCCAAUUUUCUCCAGCGAGGGUAGUAAGAUUGGCAAAAAGUCUUCCUCUAAUGAGACACUAUACGGAAAGGGGAGUAGUAAUGGUGAAGGGGGAAGCCCAGCCAUUGCAUCCGACCUAGGGCAUCUACUCCGGUUAGGCGACUCAAAGAGAAAGCAGAAUUAUGUUAACAACGUAGGGAUAAACAACAUGGUAAUAAAUAGGAUUAACAUUUUCCCCAAUUCUAAGGUAGUGAGGAAUUGCAAUGAGGUCAUGAGUGGGGUGGAAAAUAAAGACACGUCAUGUUCGAAGGGUGAAAAGAGUAGCAGCGGGGUCGGAAAAAGAGAAGCUUCCGCAGGUGAAGGAGUGUGGGAAGGACAUGGUAAUAUAAGUGACAGGAAGAAUGGCGAUAGGGGCAGAUCAGUCAGUGAAAACUGCUGCUUCAGUAAUUGGAAAAAUAAAACUAUUAUAGGAAAAAACAGCAAGGGGAAGUUUGCCUACUAUAUUGAGUUUAACAAGAUCAAUGAUGUGAGGAAGUACAUCAUGGAGGGGCACACAGUAAGAGAGGGCGCAAAAGGGAACACCGAUUUGGCAGUGCGCAAUGGGGGGAAAGUCUGCAUCGAGGAGACCAGCGCUGGGGUGGAGAAAAAUGGGAAGAAAUGUUUGAUUUCCCAAGUUGAGGAGAGCUGGCUGAACUUUGAGAAAAAAUUAGAAACGAAAUUGGGGGAGGAAAAGGAAGGAGCUGAAAGUGGGUAUGGGGGCGGAGGUGGAGGAGUGGAUAGCAGCGUGGUGGGAACUACCAACGCGGUGGAUAAGUCCCAUUCUAAGCGCGACAGCGAAAUGAGCGCCCUGGAGGAAAACAAGAAAAAGCUAGACUCGUUAAAAAACCGCUAUGAGAAGAUAUUGGCUGAGUCACAAAAAAGGGAUUUUAGGAACGCCUUUCGUUUGAGCCACUCUUUCUGGGAUGCAGACACAGGGAAGAGUAGUGGUGGAGGCGGAAAUGGGACUGACGCCCCAACUAGUGGUAAUAACACCCCCGCAUCGGUGCGUAAUGGAAGAAGUUUGCAUAAUAUGCAGAGGAAGGCAGUUGAGAUGAGGAAGACUGAUCUGUUUGGGGACGACAAGCAGGUCACUCCUAUCCCCGUGAGCAGGAGUGCUGUAGCAUUUAACGGAAUAAAUGAUAAGUCAAGGGAGGGAAGGCACACAUGUGAGAAUGCCAAAGGGGUAGGAAUGAGGUCUAAUUUGGAUAGCAUGAUCAGCAGUACGUAUAAUAUUCAAGAUAUGAUAAAGGCGUCUUAUCGAGAGAAAAAGGGGCGCUUCUUCCUGCGCAGUCACUUUAGCGGUGCGAAUUCGGGCGGGGGAAAACAUCACAGAGGUGACCUGGUAAGUGACUUUCACAAUUUGAAGAAUCACCAUGUGGGGAAGCACCAUGUGGGGAAGCACCAUGUGGGGAAGCACCCUGCUGAGAAUCACCGCAUGGAUGGAGCUAACCGGAAAGGGACGCCCGCGGCUAACCCUGUUGGCAGGGUGGUGUACCUUCCAAAUGGGGAAGAACUAUAUUGGCGAAAGAAGCACUCAGAGGGGGCUGAGCAGGUGAACCUAAAUGGGCGUUUGAUUUAUGUAAGGGGGAAUAAAGCCAGGGUUGCCUCCCCUUAUGCGAAUGCUAAUGAUAAAGCUGGAGGGUUGGACAAGCAUAGGAACAACUGGCAGCACCAUAUGGAUAGCGUAAACACUGUAGACGCUUACGGUAGUGCACCCAAUGUAGGAUUAGAAAGGAAGGUGUCACAAAAUGGAGCAGUCAGUAACUGUGUACUACUGGCUACGCAUGGGAAUGCGGUCAGUUGGGAAGGACACCCUAGAGGAGUGUUAUCACACAGGAGAAAUAAUCCGGACAGGGUGGAUGGAGGAAGGGAAUCAUAUCAAAUAGGGAAGGAAAAACUAAAUGGGGAAAGACACAAUGCGAAUAAGUUUAGAGAAAAAUAUUUUCUGCAUGGACUUCUCCACCCUGAGCGUUUACCUCUGAAGGACAAUUCGAUACAUCCUGGUUAUUAUCAAAGUAGAAAAAUGCACAAGGUCAAUUUAUUUGCCCCGAACGGAGGUAGCAGCAACUAUGAUGGGUAUGCCAUUCAGGAAGGUGAAAAGAUGAAGAACGGCCAUUAUGGCAAUGGACAUGGAACACAUAGGGAAGGCUUCCAAGUUAAUCAUCUGAACAGCAUGAUACCUUAUAGGAGUAAAUCCAUAAUCAACGGGAAGAUAAAAAAUGUGCACUACUGUGGCAACGGGUUGCAUUCUGGUAAAUUUGUUGUUAGGAAUGACUUUACUUAUGACGAGAGAACUACAAAGGAUGAGCCUCUCCCCUCUGGGGAGAACACAAGAAGAACCCUUCGAACUCCCCCUCAAACGCGCUUCCAAGAUGUUAAUAGAAACGAAAUUAGUCAAUUCAGGGUGAUACAAAGAGGUGGAGGUCUGUGUGCAGGAGGGGUGUACGGUGCGGGAGCAGUUAGAUGA